CACGCUUUCGGGGCGUUGCAUCACCUCUAGACUCUUGACCAAGGCGUAGACGCGGCUCCUUCCGACGUACUCAGGCUCGGAGGCCCCUCAGGUACGCCUGGUACUGCUCGCGGAGGCCCCUCAGGUACUCCCCAUCCUGCACGCGGGGCCCCUCAGGUCAACCUGUUCUGCACACGGGCCUCUCAGAUACGCCCCUUACUGCCCACUGGGAUCCACAGUCCCUCCGUAACAGAAUGGUUCAACAAGUUCCAGAAAACAUCAAUUUUCCUGCUGAAGAAGAGAAAAUCUUGCAGUUUUGGUCCGACUUUAAUUGUUUUCAGGAAUGCUUAAAGCAAUCAAAACAUAGGCCAAAAUUUACCUUCUAUGAUGGGCCUCCUUUUGCAACUGGACUGCCUCACUAUGGACAUAUACUUGCAGGGACAAUUAAAGAUAUAGUUACAAGAUAUGCUCACCAGAGUGGGCUUCACGUUGACAGAAGAUUUGGAUGGGAUUGUCAUGGUUUACCUGUGGAAUAUGAAAUUGAUAAGACACUGGGAAUCAGAGGACCAGAGGAUGUAGCCAGAUUGGGGAUUGCAGAAUAUAACAGUCAGUGCCGAGCAAUUGUGAUGCGAUAUUCUACUGAGUGGAAGUCUACUAUUACCAGACUUGGCCGAUGGAUUGACUUUGACAAUGACUACAAAACUCUCUAUCCACAAUUCAUGGAAUCUGUCUGGUGGGUCUUCAAACAGCUCUAUGAUAAAGGCCUUGUUUAUAGAGGAGUGAAAGUCAUGCCCUUUUCCACUGCAUGCAAUACUCCACUUUCCAACUUUGAAUCUCACCAGAAUUACAGGGAUGUUCAAGAUCCUUCAAUAUUUGUAACUUUCCCUUUGGAGGAAGAUGAAAAUAUAUCUUUGGUUGCCUGGACAACUACUCCCUGGACUCUACCUAGUAACCUUGCCCUGUGUGUUAAUCCAGAUAUGCAGUAUGUGAAGAUUAAAGAUGCUGUCAGAGGAAAAUUAUACAUUUUAAUGGAAGCCAGAUUAUCAGCCCUCUAUAAAUUGGAGAGUGACUAUGAGAUCCUUGAAAGAUUGCCUGGUGCCUAUCUCAAAGGCAAGAAAUACAGACCCCUGUUUGACUAUUUUAUAAAGUGUAAAGAGAAUGGUGCUUUUACUGUGCUUGUUGACAACUAUGUGAAGGAGGAAGAAGGCACUGGGGUUGUACACCAAGCUCCUUACUUUGGUGCUGAUGACUAUCGGGUCUGUAUGGAUUUCAGUAUCAUUCAGAAAGACUCUGUCCCUGUUUGUCCUGUGGAUGCUUCAGGCUGUUUCACAGGGGAAGUGCCAGAUUUUGCAGGACAGUAUGUGAAGGAUGCUGACAAAAAUAUUAUCAGGACCCUAAAGGAACAAGGUCGACUUCUUGCUGCCAGCACCUUCACCCACAGCUACCCUUUCUGCUGGAGGUCAGACACUCCCCUCAUUUACAAAGCAGUGCCUAGCUGGUUCGUUCGGGUGGAGCAUAUGGUAGACCAGCUGCUGAGGAACAAUGACCUAUGUUACUGGGUCCCAGAGUUUGUGCGAGAAAAGCGAUUUGGAAAUUGGCUGAAAGAUGCACGUGACUGGGCAAUUUCCAGAAACAGAUACUGGGGCACUCCUAUCCCACUGUGGGUCAGCGAUGACUUCGAGGAGGUGGUGUGUGUUGGGUCAAUGACAGAACUGGAAGAACUGUCAGGAGCAAAGAUCUCAGAUCUCCACAGAGAGAGCAUUGACCAUCUGACCAUUCCUUCACGCUGUGGGAAGGGAUUGUUGCAUCGCAUCUCUGAAGUGUUUGACUGUUGGUUCGAGAGUGGCAGCAUGCCCUAUGCUCAAAUUCAUUAUCCAUUUGAAAACAAGAGGGAGUUUGAGGAUGCAUUUCCUGCAGAUUUCAUUGCUGAAGGCAUUGACCAAACCAGAGGAUGGUUUUACACCCUGUUGGUGCUGGCCACAGCUCUCUUUGGACGGCCACCAUUCAAAAAUGUGAUUGUGAAUGGGCUCGUCCUGGCAAGUGAUGGCCAAAAAAUGAGCAAACGCAAAAAGAAUUAUCCAGAUCCACUUUCAGUCAUUCAUAAAUAUGGUGCUGAUGCCCUCAGAUUAUACCUGAUUAACUCCCCUGUGGUGAGAGCAGAAAACCUCCGCUUUAAGGAGGAGGGUGUUCGAGAUGUCCUGAAGGAUGUGCUGCUACCUUGGUACAAUGCCUAUCGCUUCUUCAUCCAGAACGUCCUGAGGCUACAGAAGGAGGAAGAAAUGGAAUUCCUUUACAACGAGAACAUGGUUAAAGAAAGUACCAACAUCACAGACCGACAGGUUGGAAAAGUAGGUUAUGUUGGUUUCCUAGAAGUUGGAGAUGCAACAACCGUAAGUCAAGCUUACAGACUCUAUACUGUGGUUCCUCGCCUGGUCAAGUUUGUGGAUGUUCUGACUAACUGGUAUGUCAGGAUGAACCGUAGAAGAUUAAAGGGUGAAAAUGGGAUAGAGGAUUGUGUUAUGGCUCUGGAGACCUUGUUUAGUGUUCUGCUUUCUCUGUGCAGACUUAUGGCCCCCUAUACCCCUUUUCUUACUGAAUUGAUGUACCAGAAUCUGAAGACACUGAUUGACCCUGUUUCUGUCCGGGACAAGGACACAUUCAGUAUCCACUACCUCAUGCUGCCCCAUGUUCGAGAGGAAUUGAUUGACAAGAAAACCGAGAGUGCAGUAUCUAGAAUGCAGUCUGUGAUUGAACUCGGGCGAGUGAUUCGAGACCGCAAAACUAUUCCAAUAAAGUAUCCUUUGAAAGAAAUUGUAGUUAUUCAUCAGGAUCCAGAAGCUCUUAAUGAAAUUAAAUCAUUGGAGAAGUAUAUCAUUGAGGAAUUGAAUGUUAGAAAAGUUACAUUAUCUACAGAUAAAAACAAGUAUGGCAUUCGCCUAAGGGCAGAACCAGAUCACAUGGUCCUGGGGAAGCGUCUGAAGGGAGCCUUCAAGAUGGUGAUGACAUCCAUCAAGCAGCUGAGCAGUGAGGAGCUAGAGCAGUUCCAGGACAGUGGGACCAUUGUUGUGGAAGGCCAUGAACUGCAUGAAGAAGAUAUCCGCCUCAUGUACACCUUUGAUCAGACAACAGGUGGAACGACACAGUUUGAAGCACACUCAGAUGCUCAGGUUUUGGUUCUCUUAGACGUCACCCCUGACCAGUCAAUGGUGGAUGAAGGAGUGGCUCGGGAAGUCAUCAAUCGUAUCCAGAAACUUCGAAAAAAGUGCAAUCUGGUUCCAACUGAUGAAAUAACAGUUUAUUAUAAAGCAAAAUCUGAAGGAAAGUAUCUGAAUAAUGUUAUCAAAAGCCACACAGAGUUCAUAUUUGCCACCAUAAAGUCUCCUUUAAAACCAUAUCCAGUUCCUACAUCAGAUGAAAUCCUUAUUCAAGAAAAAAUGCAGUUAAAAGGGUCAGACCUGGAAAUUACACUCACCAGAGGAUCUUCCAUGCCUGGCCCUGCUUGUGCAUAUGUCAAUCUUAACAUUUGUACAGAUGGCAGUGAGCAAGGUGGAGUACUACUUCUGGAAAAUCCAAAAGGAGAUAAUAGGUUGGACCUUCUAAAGCUGAAGAGUGUUGUUACUAGCGUUUUUGGUGUAAAAAAUAGAGAGCUGGCUGUCUUCCAUGGUGAAACAGAAAUAAAAAAGCAAACCAACUUACUGAGUCUUAGUGGAAAAACACUUUGUGUGGCUGCAGGAUCAACUCCCUCUGUGGUCAACAGUCCUAGUACUCUUCUCUGUCAGUAUAUCAACCUACAGCUCUUGAAUGCAGACCCACAAGAGUGUUUAAUGGGAACAGUAGGCACUCUCCUGCUUGAAAAUCCACUUGGGCAGAAUGGGCUGACCCACCAAGGUCUUCUGUAUGAAACAGCCAAGGUGUUUGGCCUUCGGAGCAGGAAGCUAAAACUGUUUUUGAAUGAGGCUCAAACAGAAGAAAUUACAGAAGAAAUCCCCAUGAAGACUUUGAACACGAAGACUGUGUAUGUUUCUGUAUUACCGACUACAGCAGACUUCUAACAUUCAGUUAUCUGUGUGGUUCAGUCAACCUUUCCCUGGCAUAUACCUCUUCUCCCCUCCCCCCAACCCCGGACACACACACGGACACAGACAUGUUGAUAUUUCCUUCAGGUGCAUGUAUAAUAUACUGCUUUUGGUCUAAAAUCGAAAUGGAAUUGAUCAAGUGACUUGAGGCUUCACAGUAAUAGUCACACUUAACCGUAAACACCUAUGUAGUCGUGUUGAGGAAAAGUUACAGUGUUACCUCAGCACUACAGAGUAUAUUUCUAUACUUGAAUUUUUAAGUAUAGAACAUAGUUGUUUAAAUGGUAUUGUGUGUGUGUGUGUGUGUGUGUGCGCGCGCACGUGUAUAUAUAUAUCUCUGUUAUCUGUCUAUAUAUAUAUAUCAUUCUGUGGCCUUUUAAAACUUAUUUGAAAUCUAUUGAAGGAAUGGACAGUGUUAUAUAUUUUUGCUACCUGGAUUUUCCUGGGUAAUUUGAUGGAAUAUUUUAAGUUUUAGUAAAUCGGAACAAUAAACUUUCUCACAGAUAAUAAACAUGUUAGAAGUAAUUCAUUCUCCCA